CUUCCCGGAUGUUUGGCCUGAAAUCGGCUUGGCCUUCACUUUCAUUCUUAUCGCAAAUAUUGUCAUAUAAAACUUGGCAAUUUUCAUCUUUUUGGAAUUUUAGGAUAACACUUAUUGGCUAAAACAGAUCUAGUAAUGGUAAGUCGAAAUGUUCAAUUCGUUGUUGACACCUUAUCUAAUGUUUUUUGUUGCGCAGCGCGAAACAGUUUCACAAUGAAACAUUUGUUCGGAGAAUAAUCUUCGAAUCGGCUUUGUAAAUGCUCAAGGGAUUUGUUCUGCAAACAUCGUAUUAAAUCGCAACUUUUAGCAAUUUUGUAAACGCGACUGGCAGGUCUAGUUCAAUGACAUGAGAAAGUUUUCAAUCAGCUUUGUAUAUUAAUGGCAAAUGCAGAUGGCAACAAGUGAAAACUGAUGCUUUAUUUACAUCUCACGAUCUGUCAACGUUUCCCUCGUUUUGUGUGAAAUGGUUUGUGGUUCCCCUUAAAAUUUAUUGUUUUUAACAGUAGGAAUUUACUUUAGCUAGACCUAGCUAUUACCGGUUGUAAUAUUGUAUUUUUCGUUACAAGGGGAAUGAACUGACAUUACCGGCCGACAUGGUUACACAUUGUAAGUACUCUAGCCUUGGAUAUUUUUUUAUCGUUUAUAAAUUUUUCCAGAUUUUAUAAUGAUGCUGCCUUAGGCUCUGGACUCUUUAUAUUCGACUGUGUAUUACAGCAGAACUUGGCUAUCAGAUAUAAAACAAGCUAAUCCUAUUAAACUAGAUUUUUGGCUUGAUCCCAUUAUUUGUACUGAAAAGUUUGAGCUAAAAAUUGUGGGAAGACUUUUUUAGACUGAUUUUGCUGCGCAUGAUAUUAAAUGCGAGACCUCGAAAUAUUGAAUGGAGUGAUGUCUUUAAUAGUCAGUUUAUUUAAGUCAAAAAUUGCAAAUGUUGGAUUUCAGUAAAGUCCAUUGAAGAAUGAGAUAUUUUUUUCAAUAUUUUUGUCUGAUUAAGCACUAAAAAGAAAGAAGGCUUAUUGUUCUUCUUUGAAAAAUGUUAGGGAUUAAAUGCAAUUAACACAUCCUCUUUUAUCUUGCUCAGCCUAAGAACAGGCCAUUUUACUUAUCAAGGGGAAAUGUGGGCAUUUAAUGGACUAAUGAAAAAUUAACGAGGCUAAUUGUCACAACAGUGAUAAAAUUAUUGACCUCGAACGGAACAAAAUACUAGAUUCAUUAUUGCCCUUACACCAGACAAUUUUUAAAUAUGGAGACCACUUUCACUGAGCACGGACUAAAAAAUCUUAAAACUUACAAUUUGUGUAGAAAAUUUGUGUGGCUAAUUUAAAACGGUUUCUUGACAAAAAUGUCCUACGAUGUCAACUAAAGUUGCACUGUGGCACUAACAAGUUGUUUUGUUGUUGCCCUAUUCUAGUUGAACCAGAAGAAAUAAAACGUCUUGGGAAAAGAUUUAAGAAAUUAGAUUUGGAUCAUUCUGGUUCCUUGUCUGUGGAAGAAUUUAUGUCUUUACCAGAGCUACAGCAAAACCCUUUAGUACAGAGAGUUAUAGAAAUUUUUGACCAGGAUGGGAAUGGAGAGGUUGAUUUUAAAGGUAGGUUGCUGUAAAGUAGACAUACUUGCCAAUUCAAAGAUAGACCAAGUGACCAACUAACACACAUACAUAUACACCUGCUUACAUGAUUGCAAUAUACCCAUGAAAACACAGAUUUAAAAGGCCUUGUCUAGGGAUUGGUAACAAUUCUACUGAAUACUUACCUUAUUUACAUUUUCAUUUUUAGAAUUCAUUGAAGGUGUUUCACAAUUUAGUGUAAAAGGUGACAAGGAGUCUAAACUUAGAUGUAAGUCGUAUAGCGGUCUUUGUCUAUGAUUCCAGAGUGAUGCACCAUUUAAAACCUUUCAAGAUACAACCCUGAAAAGGUCCGUUUCCGACCAGAGGGUUCACCCCCUAGAAGCGUCGUACUUCUGCCUGCCACAUCUGCCCGCCCCUAGAAGAUCAUUUAUUUAUUUAGCUUUGCCAACUAGGGCAGGGGUACCACACCUAACCCACCCUGUCAACUUUCCCUGUGGGAGGAAACCAGAGUACCCAGGGAAAACUUUCGGCAGAGCAUUGACUUUUACUCUUUCCACAUGAGGACUGGGUUCGAGUCGCAUUGAGAAAGUACUCACUGAGGCUUGAACCUGCAGCCUUAGAGGUGAAAGGCAAGUGCGCUAACCACUUGGCCACCGAUCUGUACCCCCCCCCCCACAUCUGCCCACUAACCAUAACACUAGAUUAACAGAAAAAACAUCAACACAAACAGCUUGUUUAUAAUUUUUGUAAUAUUUAUCCGGAAAUUCUAUUUGGAUCAAUAGAAAUUCUAUUUUCUGAAGUUUUGAAGUAAUGGAUGCACAGAAAUGCACAUACUUUUUAAGAGCAGGUUGAAUUUCUAACCCAAGGUUAAUGCUCAACCAGCUCCUAGUUUUACACAAUUCACCACAAAUGCUAUAAUUCUAUUUUUUUCCAUCUAGUUGCAUUUCAAAUUUACGACAUCGACCGCGAUGGUUUCAUCACAAACAGUGAAUUAUUUCAAGUCCUAAAAAUGAUGGUGGGCAAUAAUUUAAAAGACACUCAACUUCAACAAAUUGUAGACAAAACUAUAUUGUAUGCCGAUAAAGAUCAAGACGGGAAAAUAUCUUUUAGUGAAUUCUCAGAGGUAAGGAGUGAAUGAUUUCAAAGCCAUUUACUCUAACACCAAACAAUUUUAAUUGUCAAGAGGAGAGUGCUGCCACUCAAUGGGUUAAUCAGACUAUCUGCCCCAUCAUGUUAAGCCUUUAAGUGGCAAUGUGCCCUGAUGUGCCUUACUGUAUUAUUUUACUCUAACACCAGACAAUUUUACUCAUCAAAGGGAGUUUAUAUUAUUAGUUUGGCCUGUCCCUGCUUACUGUUUUGAUGUUGUCUUUCAGAUGGUCGGUAAUUUGGAUGUACAUAAAAAAAUGGUUGUCGAUGUUUAAACAACAGCAGAAAGUUUCGAAUGGCAAUAUGGACCUAACUGUAAUUAUUGAACUUCUGGAAAACUUGCCUCAAUAUCUCACUGCAUGCUGUUAAUAUUCUGUAUAAAAUGUAGAAUAAAACUUCACAUAUACAGUAUACUAUGUAGACAUUUAUAAUGUACCUUUCUGGUUGCAAUUUAGAAAUACUUUCCAAAAGGCUACCAUGGUUGGUGCCUCAACUACCUGAAAAACAUGACAGACACUUUGACGUUUCGCUUGAAAUGCUAGGGAUAUGCCACAUGUUUAUGGUACUGGAUAUGGUCUACCAGAUAAUUACCUGAUGGUGGUACCUGGACAAUUUGUCACUAACUUUUUGUCAUAAAAUAGUCCAUUGUCUGUUUAGUAUGUAGGACAAUACACAGCAGAGAGCAGUUUACAUCACAAGAAAACUUAAAAUAUAAGUUCUAGUACUAUCUGGUAAAUUCAGGCAAAUUUUUACCAGAUAGUGCCGGAUGUCUAUACAGUAUUUUGCUCGAUACCGGUAUCCGAAUCCAGCACAUCCCUACGAAAUGCCAAAGUGUUUCUACUCUUCAGAUAGUUCAAAUACAACCAUUGCAGCCACUCUUUAUUACUAAAAGAGAACAAAAAUUAAAGUACAAAGCAAUUUGAAUACCCUUUGGUCUCUUCAAGUUUAUAGAUCUAUACUGACAUACUUGUUCUGCAAAGCAGUGAUGUGUAAUUUAAUUAGCAUGCUAAUUAGUGGCUAAUUAAGAAGUUUCUAAUUUAUUGCAAAACAUUUUCUCUUGAUGGGAUGUUUCAAGGGUGGGCAAGCAAGGCCGUUAUUCAAGAAAACGUUGAAAUGGUCAAAUGUUUCUGCAAAAAUGUUUCACAGUUUAUCCAUGACUUGAAACAUGCUGUAACACACAAGAAUAUUGCAUAUUGUAUAUCAAAAAACAACUUUAGCAAACAAAAAGCCCAUUGUAGGGGCUGGAUAAAUUUGUUGAAAACAAUAGUAUAGGCUAUAGCAUACUGUUUUAAUGAAAAUAAUUCAAGAGUUUUCACUUAAUUAUUUAUUAUUACAUAUUAAUAAUCAAUUGUAUUAGUUAACUGAUGAUAAGUGUUGUUGUAUUAAUUAUAUCCGAUUAUAAAAACCCGUUUGUUCCAAUAUUUAUGUAAUAUUUCACUUAUUAAUUGAAGUAUCUUAUGGAAGUAUGAGCAAUCUUGGACAUUAUCCUUGAGACCGUUCCAGCCAAUAUUACAAAGUUAUUGCAGAUUGACAAAACAAACUUCGUCACCCCCUGUCCACCAGUUCAAUAUGUUGUAAACAGCGCCGAAACAACUUUUAAUAAUUUACCAUCAAACAAGCUCAACAUUCAGUUGGGGAGCGAAGCGCAACAUGAUUUAACAUGGAAUUUAUUAUAAGGCGUUUGCGAAUUUUGCACAGAGGGAAACAUAGCCUCAAGCGGUUAUGUCCAAGAUUGAGUAAGUUUACAUUCAGAAUCUCAAAAUAAACAUUCUUAUAGCAGCAGGCGUUUUAAACAUAUAUACCCAGUGCGUUUCAAACUUACAGGUGACUACACACGAUUUCAUUUGAUCCAUGACUUUUGUUUGAAGAGCACAAAAAAAGUUUCAAAAAUGAGACUCUAGUAUUCCUUUUUCUUCAAUUAAUUAAAUGUCGGUGGAAGAAUUUUUGAAAAUUCUCAAACUACUUUUGUAUAACAGUCAAUGCAACGAAUUCUACAAAAAGAUACCAAAACAUCAUUGAAG